AUCGAGGGGAAACAAAAAAAAAAGCAGAGCAUGUGUGAGUACGACGGUGUUUUAAAUUUGAAGAGUUCUAGGGAAACGUAAUUGGCUAACGAGGGAAAAAAAGGGCUCUCUCUCUCGACAUUCAAUUGAUUCAAAUCCCCAAUUCUAGCCCUAAUUUAGCGAGAUGAGUCUCCAGUUCUCUCCGUCGAACUAUGGGCGAAUCUAAGAUCGAACCCAGGAAGAAAUUUUUCUCCGGACUGCCCAUUCCCUGUUAAUGGCGAUCGUUGUUCUGUUCGUCGUAAUAUCGAAUCAGCUCUUUUUCGAAUGGGCUUUUAUGGGUGUAACGAAGUCCUCAUGUAUGGUGAAGAACUUGAGUACGACGACAGAGCCCAGUUUUGGAAGGCCGCAAUCUCGUACUACACACCAGAAAGGGGUGACAAUUCGGCUGAUUUGAUGAGCAUCAAAUUUUUGGGUAAUUGCGAAACAAAACCCAGAAAAAGCGUAUCAUACCCACUCGUCUUCUGGAACUUGGAGGAUUGCCCAUUCCUUCCUUGUGCCAAGCCUGAUAUGAUCUAUCACCGAUUCCACAAAGCUUUUGCUCAAAGGGGUUUUACAGGGGCCUCGACACUGUCUACUUGGCACGCCAACAAACCAGAAGGCCCUGAAUGGCCAGGAUUCCUGAUAGAUGAAGCAUUCUCUUUUGAGUUUGAUGACGCAAAACCCACAUUCUCAGAAACCAAAAGGCGUGAAGCGGAUGCGGCCGAAGACACACCUUGUCCCAAAAAGCCAAAGCAAACACCUGAGGGAUUAGGUGAUCUAGCUACCCUCUGUUCGUAG